CCCGCUUCCGAAUGCCGAAAGCGCAGCGUCUUUUGUCACCAGGCGCAGGCAAGUGACUCUCAACACUCUCGUACACAUGACCCUCCUCACUACGUAUACUGCUACACCAUAGCCUAUGCACCACUACCACGUCCCAAUAUCAUGAUACCCACGUCGCGCGCCUGGGCCCUACGUGCAGGCCUUCGGCGCACAACACCGAAACCGCGUUGUCACACCCUAGACUUAUCGCACGAAGUCCGCUGCGGUACCACGAAGACAGUGAAAAGAUGGUAUGCGUCGCCUAAGCCUGUAGGGCAGAAGGCACCAGAGUCUGUCACCACGAUUCCUGGACCGAACUGGUUAUGGCUUGAGCCCAUCUACGAACCGUUCCGCGCUUAUGGCAGGGUGCAGAGGAGGAGGCCAUAUAUGACGCAGUUCAUAAGCUCUCUGGUGAUCUAUCUGGUGGGAGACUUUGUUGCGCAGAGUAUUGGUUCCCCAGCUCCAGUGGAGAAUGUGGAGGGGGAGGAAGAGGGGGAGAGAGGUUGGGUGCAGGCUUGGGCAGAAGAUAGGGACUGGGCGAGGACAGGAAGAGCCCUCUUAAUUGGAGGUGCGGCGGCGGUGCCGGGGUACAGAUGGUUUUUGUGGUUGAGCAACUCUUUCAAUUACAGUUCAAAGACACUGUCGCUGGCGACCAAGGUUGCUGUAAACCAGCUUACCUUUACGCCCUUGUUCAACUCGUACUUCUUCGGCAUGCAAUCAUUACUCUCUGGCAUGACUAUCCCCGAAACUAUCGAGCGCAUAAAGAACACGGUACCUGUGUCUUGGAUCAACAGCUGCAAAUUAUGGCCUGCAGUCACAGCUUUCAUGUUCGCAUUUGUUCCCAUCGAGUAUCGCAGUAUAUUCGGCGGUGUCAUUGCGAUUGGCUGGCAGACCUAUCUUUCGUUGUUGAACCAGAGAGCUGCAGCGAAAGCAGAGCUUGAGCACACUCCAGAAGACACGAAGACGCGCGCGGUCCGGCGAUGCGAGGAGGAUGGGGAGACUGUCGAAGAGAAAUGUGCUGCAUAAGGUGCGCAGGGCAUCGCUUUGGCAAGUGGUUGGUCUAUCGGCGACGCCUCACUAAGACCGCCGUUCUACCUUGACUUUCAUUGAUUUCCUUUGUCAUAUUAGCAUUUGGGCGGCGUUCUGGGCAUUAACGACAUGGAAUAGGAUAUACCACUGGCUUUGCAUAGCCUAUGCAUUUAUAGACAGGCAUUGCUACUUUAGAUACAAUCGAGUCUUGUGUAAAGAUCAUGAAUUAAAAAUGGCAGGGUUUCUCCCGCUAGGGUCCCU